ACACUAAACGCGGCCCCUAUCUCGGAAUAAGUAGCGGGAUAACUAUUCCCUAUUCCGCAUUUCCCCCUCGCUUCGAUCGGAAUAACUAUUCCCCCUCCCAAAUCUCCGAUUCUCCUCUCUCUCUCCGCCCCCAACCCCAAAACCCUAGCCGCCGCUUCUCUAGGGAGACGCGCAAUCCGAAGACCACCGAGUCCAAAUCGAAGAAUCGGGGCGGAAUAGCGGGAGAAUAGCGAGGAAUAGCCCCCGCGGAGGCUGAAUUAGGGGCGGGGGUGGGGGAGGGGGAGGAUAUGAAGGGGAAAAGCUUGCCCCUUAUCACCUUCGAGCAUAAGAGGGAUGCUUACGGGUUUGCGGUGCGGCCUCAACACUUGCAGAGGUACCGAGAGUAUGCCAACAUCUACAAGGAGGAAGAAGAGGAGAGAUCAGAUAGAUGGAAGGACUUUCUAGAACGCCAGGCUGAAGCUUCUAGAAUACCUUCGGAAGAUUCUUCUGGAGAGGACAUCAAAAUCACGCCUUCGCAUGAAGAAGAAGGAAUCCCAGUAGAAAACACUGAUGAAAUCGAGAAUGGACCAGAGAAGGAGAAUGUGGAAAAGGAGGAAAAGGAACACAAGCUUCAAAUUUGGGCUCAAAUUAGGCCUUCCCUCAGCUCCAUUGAUCAGAUGAUGAGCCUUAGGAUAAAGAAGAGGAAGAAAUCCUCUGGUGGUGGGUCCCAUCUUGCUCCCAUAGAGGAGGCAAAGCAAUCAGAGGAUUCCGACGAUGAGUUCUAUGACGCGGAGAAGAUCGACCCAAACCAAGAAGUGCUUUCGGGGGGCGAGGGUGGCAAUUCUGAUUCAAAUUUGAAUUCGAAUGGAGAAAGCCAAGAGGCCCUCCACCCGUGGAAGGAAGAGUUAGAAUGCUUAGUCCGUGGGGGUCUACCAAUGGCCCUUAGAGGAGAGUUAUGGCAAGCAUUUGUGAGUGUCGGAACUCGCAGGGUGGAGGGGUAUUACAACAGUCUGCUCGCUCGAGAAGUUAAUACUAAAGGAAAUAAUGUUCAUGUCCCUGUGCCUUUGAAUGAUGCUAAUAGCCAACCAAAAGUACCAAAUGGAGUUGGAUCAGAAAAAUGGAAAGGGCAGAUAGAAAAGGAUUUGCCAAGAACAUUUCCAGGUCAUCCAGCUCUAGAUGAAGAUGGGAGGAAUGCUUUGAGACGGUUACUGACGGCAUAUGCUAGGCAUAACCCGUCUGUUGGGUAUUGCCAGGCUAUGAACUUUUUUGCCGGUUUACUACUAUUACUGAUGCCUGAGGAAAAUGCAUUUUGGACUUUAACAGGCAUCAUUGAUGACUACUUUGAUGGUUAUUACUCAGAGGAGAUGAUUGAAUCUCAGGUUGAUCAGCUUGUUUUAGAGGAAUUAGUCCGUGAGAGAUUUCCAAAACUAGUAAACCAUCUUGAUUAUCUUGGAGUUCAGGUUGCAUGGGUUACGGGGCCAUGGUUCCUUUCCAUCUACAUGAAUAUGCUUCCUUGGGAAAGUGUGCUUCGUGUGUGGGAUGUGCUUUUAUUCGAUGGGAAUCGCGUAAUGCUCUUCAGAACAGCACUUGCUCUUAUGGAGUUAUAUGGCCCGGCACUUGUCACUACAAAAGAUGCUGGAGAUGCAGUUACCCUGUUGCAAUCUCUGGCUGGUUCUACUUUUGACAGUAGCCAGCUUGUACUCACUGCUUGCAUGGGAUAUCAAACGGUUAAUGAACUAAAACUUCAAGAAUUAAGAAAUAAGCAUCGGCCCUCUGUUUUAGCUGCAAUGGAGGAAAGGUCGAGAGGGCUUCGAGUUUUUAAGGAUUCAAAAGGCCUCGCAACUAAGUUAUAUAGUUUCAAAAGAAACCCUGAGCCACUUGUUUCAGAAGCAAAUUCGAAAGAAGGAUUGAAUGACAUUAAUGGAAACAGGGAUGCAUUGGAAUCUGAUUCACCCACUAUAGAUUGUAUAGUUAGUGGUUUGGAAGUUGAUUCUGAAGUGGACUCUUUGCCUGAUCUCCAAGAACAGGUGACGUGGUUGAAGGUUGAGUUGUGCAGAUUGCUGGAGGAGAAAAGGUCAGCAGUGCUCGGAGCUGAGGAGUUAGAGACAGCAUUAAUGGAGAUGGUCAAACAGGAUAACAGACGUCAGCUGAGUGCAAAGGUUGAACAAUUAGAGCAAGAGGUAUCUGAGCUGCGCCAGGCACUAUCCGACAAGCAAGAGCAAGAACGUGCCAUGCUUCAAGUCUUGAUGCGGGUCGAACAAGAGCAGAAAGUGACAGAGGAUGCUCGCAUAUAUGCUGAACAAGAUGCUGCUGCUCAACGAUACGCUACUCAUGUUCUCCAGGAGAAGUACGAAGAGACGAUGGCUUUACUCGCACAAAUGGAGAACAGGGCUGUGAUGGCAGAAACCAUGUUGGAGGCUACACUGCAGUAUCAGUCUAGCCAACUCAAAGCAGCACAACCUUCGAGUCCUUCACCAAGAACUCCGACCCAGGAUCUUUCUCCUGCGCAAAUGACCCAAGACUCAUCUCUAGCUAUUCCUCCCCGAAGAAUAAGUUUGCUUUCGAGACCAUUUGGACUUGGGUGGCGCGAUAAGAACAAGGGCAAACCAAGUAACUCGGAGGAGCCUGCUGAACAAAAGAACACUAGCGAUGGGGAACAGAGCGUCCAAACGCCCGAGAAAGUAAUGAAUGGACACCAAGAAGCAGAAAAAGUUGAACUUACCGAUGGAAAGUGAGAAGCACAUAAAUCUUAUGCCUCUACUCAUAUUUAUUUCAGAGGGCGUGCACAAAUUGUAAAAAUGGAUCAAAGUGUAGCGGCUCGCACCUUAGCUUGUACUAAGAGAGAGAGAGAGAGAGAGAGAGAGUGAGAGUAAUGCUUUUAUAGGUUCCUCUAAUAUUGUUGUUGUAAUUUGUGGACACAAGCAGAAGCUAAAUUAUUACUUAUUUAGUUUAUUAUCGUUAAUAAAUAUUUUUAAGUUAUGAAGAGAGAGGUAAGAUACAUUGUAGUAAUGCCACAGCUAAAUCAUUAAUUGAUUGCGUUAUUCUUUGCUCUGAAGGAA